AUCAUAAUAUUCUGCAAUGAUGCAGGUUCUUGAAUUAACACUAAAAAUUCUUAUGGCUGGGGGAUGCUGGCCACCAAAUUCUUGGACAUCAUUGUAUAAACGCACUGUGUAUAAUGCAUAUACAGUUUUUAUAACAUCUUUACUAUUUACUUUUAUGUUACCUCAACUUAUGGAUAUUAUCUUAAAUGUUGAUAAUACUGACGAUUUUGCCGAUACUUUUUACAUCAUGCUUGCCAUGAUUAUGUCUCUUUGUAAAAUGACCGGUCUUUUGAUGAAUCGCCAAAAUAUUGGGACAUUAACUAAUAUUCUUAUACAAAAACCGUUUAUCCCACUAGAAGCUGAUGAAAUAGAAAUUCGACACAAAUUCGAUAAAGUGAUACGAACCAAGACUUUGUGGUACACAAUCUUAGUCGAAACGACGUGUGCGUACACCGCGCUGACGUCAUUAUUCACGGAUUUUCGAAAAGGCAAUCUAACAUUUAGGGAAUGGACUCCGUAUAACUAUUCCGAAGUGGUAUUCUAUGUGAUAUAUGCUCGUCAAUUAAUAAGUACGAUGUUCGGAUCGGUAGUGAACGUAGCUUGCGACACUCUGAUCUGCGGUCUAUUGUUGCACGUGUGUUGUCAAAUUGAGAUACUCGAGUGCCGGCUGAAAAAGAUCUCACUCGGUCGAAAUAAUCUGCGAGAAUGUGUAUAUCAGCACGACAGUAUAUUUAAAUUUGCAUUUAUGAUAAACGAAAAGUUCCAGAUAAUUAUUGGCAUUCAAUUUAUAGUGAGUACGCUAGUGGUUUGCUCUAACUUAUAUCAAUUGGCGAAGAUAACGUUUAGCGCGGAAUCUUUUCCAAUGAUAUUAUAUACAUGUUCCAUGUUGGCGCAAAUUCUUAUCUAUUGCUGGUAUGGAAACGAAGUUAAGCUAAAGAGCAGUGAACUAUCCGCUAAUAUUUUUAAAAUGGAAUGGCUGACACUAGAUCAAAAUGAAAAAGCGGGUUUAUUGGUUAUUAUGAAUCGUUCCCUAGUACCUAUUGAAUUUACUUGCGCGUAUAUCCUCACGAUGAAUCUCGAUUCUUUCGUAAGCUUACUUAAGACAUCAUAUUCUGCUUAUAACAUAUUACAGCAGAUGGGAACAACAUAAUUUAAACGGAAAAUAGUAUAGAGAUUAGCCAUAAUGUUUUCCAAUUAAAUUGCGUAUAAUCGUUAAUUAAUAUUAAUUAUUUA